AUGACGGAAUACGAGGAUGAAUACGACUACGAAAACUACGAGGAGGAAGAUUCGGGCAUCACUCCCGAAGAUUGCUGGACCGUCAUAUCCUCUUUCUUCGAAUCUAAGGGCCUAGUCUCUCAGCAAACCGCCUCGUUUGAUGAAUUCACGCAGUCGACCAUACAAGAUCUUGUCAGCGAGUACUCGAAAAUUUCUCUCGAUCAGCCCAACCCGCCGUCCACCGAUGACCGGAAAAUCAGCGUUCGCCGAUAUGAGAUCGAGUUUGGCAGCAUUAUGGUCUCGAGACCUUCGAUCAGUGAGACGGAUGGAACAGUGACUUCGCUUCUCCCGUACGAGUGCCGCGACCGCAACUUGACCUACGCUGCGCCGGUCUAUAUCAAGAUAACAAAAAAAGUCCAAGCUGCCGUGGAGACAGAAAUUCCUUUGCAUGAACUCGACGACGCCCAACAGACGGAGUAUGCUAAGACUGGCGAACUGCCCACGCGACUGGCAUGGGAAUCGGAGGAUGCGCCUGAGCCUGAAAACGCCAACAAGCCUGAUGCCUGGAAGGACAUGGUUUUCGUUGGGAAAAUGCCGGUCAUGGUCAAAUCGAAAGUUUGCCACCUAAGCCGUGAGCACGAUGAGAACCUGUUCCUCGUCAACGAGUGCCCAUACGAUCAGGGCGGUUACUUUGUCAUCAAUGGAAGCGAAAAGGUGCUAAUCGCCCAAGAGCGUUCUGCCGCCAAUAUCGUCCAAGUGUUCAAAAAGGCUCAGCCCAGCCCAUACACCUACACUGCUGAAAUCAGGAGCGCUCUGGAGAAGGGUUCGCGCCUCAUUUCCAGCAUGAUGCUCAAGCUCUACGGGAAAGGCGAGUCGGCCCGGGGCGGGUUCGGUCAAACGAUUCAUACAACACUUCCGUUCGUCAAAUCAGACCUUCCUGUCGCCAUUGUCUUCAGAGCUCUCGGCGUUGUUUCGGACGAGGACAUUCUCAACCACAUUUGCUACGACCGUAAGGACUCCCAAAUGUUAGAAAUGCUUCGGCCUUGUAUUGAGGAAGCUUUUUGCGUCCAAGACCGUGAAGUCGCUCUCGACUUCAUUGGCAAGCGCGGUAACCGGGACCAGGCUGGUCUUGGGCGCGACAAACGAAUUCGUGUAGCACGCGAUAUUCUCCAAAAAGAAACUUUGCCUCACAUCUCUCAGGAAGCUGGUAGUGAGACACGCAAGGCUUUCUUUGUUGGCUACAUGGUUCACAAGCUGCUUCAGUGCGCUCUGGGACGUCGCGAGCCCGACGACAGAGAUCACUUUGGUAAAAAGCGUCUUGAUCUAGCAGGUCCUCUACUCGCUAAGCUUUUCCGCGGUAUUAUGCGUCGAAUGCACUCAGAGCUUGCCAACUACCUCAGACGCUGUGUUGAGGGCAACCGUCACUUCAACCUGGCUGUUGGUAUCAAGCCCGGUACACUUUCAAAUGGUCUCAAGUACUCGCUUGCCACUGGUAACUGGGGCGACCAGAAGAAGGCCAUGAGCUCAACUGCCGGUGUGUCUCAGGUGCUGAAUCGCUAUACGUUUGCCUCGACGCUGUCCCAUCUUCGACGUACCAAUACGCCCAUCGGCAGAGAUGGCAAACUGGCGAAACCUCGUCAGCUUCACAAUACUCAUUGGGGUCUCGUCUGUCCUGCUGAGACACCUGAAGGUCAGGCUUGUGGCCUAGUCAAAAACCUGUCUCUCAUGUGUUACGUCAGCGUCGGUUCGCCCGCCGAGCCGCUCAUUGACUUCAUGAUCAACAGGGGUAUGGAAGUUAUCGAAGAGUACGAACCACUCAGAUAUCCGCACGCUACCAAGAUCUUUGUCAACGGGACCUGGGUUGGAGUUCACCAGGACCCGAAGCACCUUGUGGAUCAGGUAUUUGAAACCCGUCGCAAGUCAUACCUACAGUACGAGGUGUCUCUCAUCCGGGAAAUCCGUGAUCAAGAAUUCAAGAUAUUCUCUGAUGCGGGCCGAGUCAUGCGGCCCGUUUUCACAGUACAGGAGAAAGACGACCCUGAGACUGGCCUUGAAAAGGGCCAGCUUGGUCUGACAAAGGAUUUGGUCAACAAACUGGCGCAAGAGCAGGCUGACCCACCUGAUGAUCCAGAAAUGAAGAUGGGCUGGGAGGGUCUGAUCAAAGCUGGCGCGAUUGAGUAUUUGGAUGCUGAAGAAGAGGAGACGUCAAUGAUUUGCAUGACUCCGGAGGAUCUGGAGCUCUAUAGACUUCAAAAAGCAGGUAUACCUGUCGAGGACGACUCAGGCGAGGAUCCAAACAAGCGCCUGAAGACGAAAACCAACCCAACCACACACAUGUACACUCACUGCGAGAUUCAUCCAAGUAUGAUUUUGGGUAUUUGUGCAAGUAUCAUUCCAUUCCCGGACCACAAUCAGUCUCCUCGUAAUACCUACCAAUCCGCAAUGGGUAAACAAGCCAUGGGAUUCUUCCUGACGAAUUACUCUCGCCGCAUGGAUACCAUGGCGAACAUUCUAUACUAUCCACAAAAGCCUUUGGCUACGACUCGAUCUAUGGAGUUUCUGAAGUUCCGAGAACUACCUGCAGGUCAGAACGCCAUCGUUGCCAUCGCGUGUUACUCCGGUUACAAUCAGGAAGACUCCGUCAUCAUGAACCAAAGCAGUAUCGAUCGUGGUCUCUUCAGAAGCUUGUUUUUCCGUUCUUACUCUGAUCAGGAGAAGAAGGUCGGGUUGAAUUACACGGAAAUUUUCGAAAAGCCUUUCCACCAAAGCACUCUGCGCAUGAAACACGGCACUUACGACAAGCUCGACGAAGACGGUAUCGUCGCGCCUGGUGUUCGCGUCUCUGGUGAAGACAUCAUUAUUGGCAAAACUGCACCCAUCGACCCGGAGACGCAAGAUCUGGGCACGCGUACAACGGCGCACCAACGCCGUGAUAUCUCUACACCUCUGCGUAGUACAGAAAACGGCAUUGUCGAUCAAGUCAUUGUGACUGUCAACGCCGACAACGUCAAAUACGUCAAGGUCCGAGUUCGUACGACGAAGAUACCCCAGAUCGGUGAUAAAUUUGCUUCAAGGCAUGGUCAAAAGGGCACUAUUGGUGUCACGUACCGACAGGAAGACAUGCCGUUUACGAGAGAAGGUGUCACACCUGAUAUAAUCAUCAACCCGCACGCUAUUCCCUCUCGAAUGACAAUUGCUCACUUGAUUGAAUGCCUUCUCAGUAAGGUUUCAACUUUGGAAGGUAUGGAAGGCGAUGCUACUCCGUUUACCGAUGUCACCGUCGACUCUGUCUCCGACCUGCUCCGCAAGCAUGGAUAUCAGUCGCGCGGUUUCGAGAUCAUGUACAAUGGUCACACUGGCAAGAAACUCCGGGCUCAGGUCUUCUUCGGACCUACCUACUAUCAGCGUCUACGUCACAUGGUGGACGACAAGAUUCACGCACGCGCGCGUGGCCCCGUACAGAUCAUGACGCGGCAGCCCGUGGAAGGUCGUGCUAGAGACGGUGGUCUGCGUUUCGGUGAAAUGGAACGCGAUUGUAUGAUUGCGCAUGGCGCGGCGGCUUUCUUGAAGGAGCGUCUGUUCGAAGUCUCCGAUGCAUUCAGAGUGCACAUUUGUGAGAUUUGCGGCCUGAUGACGCCCAUCGCAAACCUUUCGAAGCAAUCUUUCGAAUGCAGGCCUUGCAAGAACAAGACCAAGAUUGCCCAAAUCCACAUUCCAUACGCAGCCAAGCUCUUGUUCCAGGAACUUCAAUCCAUGAACAUUGCAGCACGUAUGUUUACGGACAGAUCUGGUGCCUCUAUCAGGUAA